GCUCACAGAAACCACGACGACACGCCUGUUUUUCGCCCAGUCCGUCCUCGGCUCAACCCGAGCCAUAGCUUGUAAGAGAAUGCUCGGCCUGAGGAAAGCCUGGCUAUUCUUGUUGGGCCUGGGACUUGGGAAUGGAUACCCUUAGAAGCACGGAACGCUGGGCAUGCGGCCGGGUCCAUCCUCCGACAGCGCUUUGGCUCCAGAAAUAGCCCCGCGGCAGGCAGGGAAGGCCCCCCCACCGAGCUCCAGAAUAAUUCAUGACUGCACCGCAGUGACGAGAUAGCUCAAGACGCCUCCAGAGCUAGAAAGCUCUCUACCUGUCCAGAGCCAGACCCCGCCGCCUUUACUCAUUCAACUUGUCUCUCAACUGCCACAGGACUCUACCCUAUUCUUCUCUGACCCGCCUCAGCCCCCCCAAAAGCUUUGUUCCUACCUACUUCCCUCCUCUCGUCCAUCGGCGACUCUCCUUCCACAUUCACGACAAGCAACAAGCACUCACCAUGCCAGGCAAGCAACCCAACUUGUUCGCCUUCCCCACGGUCGACGCUCUGGCGCCGGCCCUUCGCACGUACCUUAUUGAGGCUCAGAACGAGGGCCUCACCCGUCACGGCGUCUUCAAGAUUGGUGUCUCUGGCGGUUCGCUGCCAAAGACCCUCGCGCAAGCUCUCCUGGCCACCCCAAAGUCUGACGAGGACAAGCCAAAGUUUGACAAGUGGGAGAUCUUCUUCUGCGACGAACGCGCUGUGCCACUUGACCACGAGGACAGCAACUACGGUCUACUGAAGAAGGACCUCCUCGACAAGAUCCCCGCCGAGCUCGGCCAACCCACCGUCCACCCCAUCGACACCGCGCACCUCGACGACACCCAGGAGCUCGCCGACCAGUACGAGCAGACCCUGGUCAAGUCUUUUGCGGGUCGGGAUUCCGUCCGGUUGCCCAUCUUUGAUCUUCUCCUUCUCGGCUCCGGCCCGGACGGCCACACAUGCAGUCUCUUCCCCGGCCAUCCUCUGCUUAGAGAGACGGAAGCCUGGGUUGCCCCAAUCGAGGAUUCGCCCAAGCCGCCGCCCAGGCGCAUCACCCUGACUCUGCCUGUCGUCACACACGCCGUCAAGGUCGCCUUUGUGGCCACUGGUGGGAGCAAGAAGGAAAUCAUGAAGGAGAUCUUUGAGGAGGGCAAUGGUCUGCCGUGCGCCUUGGUCAACGAGGCCACCGGCGACCGGUGCAGCUGGUUCGUCGAUAAUGCCGCCGUGGACGGCGUCAGCUUCCCCCGUCGCGGUUUCUUGUAAACGGAAUCAUCGAAACUCCAUCUGCGCUGGAGCAGUUUGGAACCGACAACCGCCCCAACUUGAUGGGCGGCGCACUAUGCAGACGCCGAACUCAGCUGGGAUACUCUUAUCAUUAUAUAGUCGGAAGCCUUGGAGAGAGCACGUUUCUUCGUCUUGGCCAGUCCGAGCAAUCUGUGGCGUAGGGCGGAUAGACCGCUGAAGAUGCUGGUGAUGAUCUGACCUAUGGCAUCGUUCCCAAAAGACGACGCGAGGAUUGAGAGGGCCGAUUGGCCCUUAUCAAGGUCUGCAAAGACACUCGUUGAGAUUCCCCUGUUAGAUGUAGAUGAUUCAAGUCCGGCUGUUUUGUACGCAGGAGCGAUUACACAAUGAAAAACGAGCAUGCCUACUUCGUCGCCUGAUUGCGCUGCUACACGGGAAUGUGGAUUCUGGGAAGCGCAGAAGUAGGCCAGACGUAUUAUUAACAGUCAUGCUGAACAUGGGCGGUUUUUGACA